UUCGUGUCUCCGUUUCUCGCCAACUUGCUCGGUCGUUAUCUGAGUCUCAGUGCACCAUUGGGCGAUCCUCAUUUGCAUCGGUAUAAACUCAGUCAAGGUAACGCAUACGAAGGGAAUCGUCGUGCAUUGGAAUUGAUUCAGCACGUUUUUGCCUGCUUUUUUGAAAGCCCACUUCUUCAAUUGCAACGUCUAAGUGCAGUUCUCUGUCCGCCUGUCGAACCGAAGACCCUGGCUCACAAUAGCUACCAGCUCCUGGUAGCCCUGUAUUAUUGGAUCCGUUUAAUUUGUGGAUCUCAAACUACCCUGGAUUCCAAUGAUUCCGGGGCUCCAACAACAAUUCCAGCGGAAUUCAGACCGAAUCAACCGGUUGAUCAAAUCUGGACUGGUUCUGUACAGUGUUUGUUAGAAGCAGCCACUUCUUUACCAGAUUCAAAAGUUGGGACCAUCCCGCCCCAGUCGGCGAUGCGUUCCCCAUCAGUUACAGCCCGCGCCACGGAAUCCUUAGUGGUGAUGGUCUUACAACGUGUUGUGCAUGCUACAGGUCACUUGGUCUGCCCUUCUAAAAUCUCCUCACUGGUUGAUCAACGUCAGACCGGUUUGAAGACCGGGGGACCCAAUCCGUCUGAGUGUUUAAAUAUUAUCGAUGCCGUAAUAGAAUUGGUCGACAAAUAUCCUGUCAGUGAACAAGAUCGACGCUUAGUGGAAUCUGACGCGCGUUUAGAUGUCACCAAUUCGGUUCCGCGGAUGCGCACAAUCGGAGCGAACACCAGCGGUGAGCUGAUACGCUUGAUCCGGCAACUUUUGUCUGCCUUCAUCCCCGACUGUGUGCAUCUGGCUGCGGCCGGUCCGUCCAAUACUGAUUUAACUUCACAAGAUUCGUCCACGAGCAUCUGGCUUGGACAAAGCCCGACCAUGUGUUACUCUCCAGAAGGGCUUCGCUUGUGGUCUGUUCUUGCUGACCGGUUCACGCGUUUCAUCUUGGUCGAGCAACGCGUGUGCGAGAGCGAUCCGAUUUCAUCACCAGAUCUGACAUCAGUUCAGGCUAUGCUACUCGCCCCGUUCUGGAUAGCCGGUCCUACUGCACCAAAUAGCAUUUCGUUGAUCGAAACUGAUGAUUCUGAACUCGAGGGAAAGGAAAAGUGCAACCGGAGGUUUUUAUCCGCCAAGGAUGAACUGGCAGCUGCGAAACGUCUGAAUACCCUGUUUGCUGCGUUUCAUCAAGAAGCCUGCCUUCUCACUACCGUUGCAACAAAUUCUUGGAUAGAUCAGCUAGGUAACAAGCUAGCAAUCGCCAUUUCGGCUGUUAUGCCCGAGCCCACGGACAGUAUCAAUUUCAACCUUCUGGGUCGUUUUCUUCGCUGUCUUGCGUUCAAUGCUGAACGGUUAAAUGAAUCGAUGGAUACUCGAACCACGUUCAAUCCGUUUAUGUGGAUGUCUACUCAAGAACGUCAUUUCGGCUAUCUGACCGGUCUGGUCCUUUCGUUGAAGUUGUGUCUUCUUCACUCGCCCUGGUUCGACCCACCCAAUCCAUCAAAGGACAAUCAGUCUCCUCCAUCCCGCCGGUUAAGUGGUUCAAUGAUUCGUAUCCUCACUUCCCCGACACCUAUUGCCCAAUUGGCUCGUUGUGCUGUCGGUCAGCAAAUCAAACCGGAAGACUUGGAUUCCNUGAUCAAUCCCAGUGUUUGA